CCAUUUUGUUUUUCAGCAGGUUAAAUCACACAACUUUUUGUUCGAGUUUCCCACAGACGGCGCCAAUGUUUCGGCAGCUUCACAAUCCAACACUGUUGAAGUCUUCAGCUGCUUCACAAUCCCGAGGAUGUUUCCCCGGGGAAAACACUCCAACGCUCAAGUCAGCAAUACUCAAUAUUCUAGAGAGAGAUGUUCUCAAGGACGACCGCAUCUUUUAUGUAUGUGAGGCCUGGAAAAACAUCCAUCGUGUGGCUGCUGGGGCAUAUACUGAUUUAACUACCCCGGGAUAUCCCGAAUGGCGAGCAAAUCGGUUAAGGGGCUUCGUUAUCCCAGAACCAUUCGAACCUGAAAGAAAUGAUGAAACGGAUGACCUUUACGAGGAAAGCGAGAUGUACUAUGAUGCAAUUUCAAUUGGGGAGUCAACCAUGGUUGGAGAGUUAACCAUGGUUGGGAAAAAGUCAGAAAAUCCACCAAUCUAUUUAAACCAAGAAAGCGAAUCCAUGCAUCAAGGUCUCCUCUGCUCAUCCGACUCUCAUGCACGGGAUGUCGUCUCUCCAACAAUCUCAAUCCCAAUCCUCCCGUUGAGUUUCAAAUUUCUACUUAGAUUAAAGUUUAUCAUCUAAAUUUCUACCUUGAAGAACUUGAAGAUUUGUGUUUCCUUUAUUGUCUAUGGCUCUGAGCAUUCUUUUGCACCAGUGCGCAUAGUUAACGACAUAGGAGUAUUCUAGCCAUUGGAGAAGCUGCAGAUAUUGCUUGCUGCGCUUUCAAUUACUCCAACCUACAACGUAUCUGGGAGUUAUAUGUUCAUUUCUAGAAUGAUUUCAUGAAAUUCCUUAUUUGAAAUUUUAGAAUCAUUUUUAUUUUUAUUUUUAUUUUUAUUGUUAUUUCUAACCAAUUAAAUCAGACUAUGGAUGAUGUGCAGGCGAGAUGCAAAGGUGGGCAAAGGCUAAAAACCUGAAACAUUAUUUUUGAGUGGUUUUGUUAAAGUUAGAAUCGACGUUGGCUUAAUUUAAAAACUGAUCAAAGCAUGCAUGCUUUUAUUCUACGCCAGCUCUUGUUUUGUCUUAUAACUGCACUUCGCUUUUUUUUCUUUUUCCUUUUUUGCCCUUUUUAACUCCAGGUCUGCUGCGUUUUUCUCAAGGAUAGCCUUCCAUUGCGCCUUUUUAAAGCGUGUAGUGGCAUUGUUGGGUUUUUCUUUUUCUUUUUUCUUUUUUCGUUUUUUUUUUUAAACUUUUCAGUUUUUUUUUUCUUUUUUUCUUUUUUUCUUUUUCUGAACUCUCGACCUUUUUACCAUUAAGCAAUGAUAGCUUGCAAAUAUGGUCUAAGUGGUAGGUCAUUCCGCGUUUUCUUACUUAUUAUUAAUUCUACGCGUUUUUGAAGGGAGUAGGGAAGCUUCCUUUUAUAUAUAUAUAUUCCAAUACGCGUUUUCCCUUCAUCAUCGUGUCGUGUUACGCGUUUUCUUCUUUUUUGACCAUUAAGCAAUGAAGCUACUGGGAAACAGCCCUACUUACCGAGUCUUUGCCUUUUUGGCCGUCAAAUAUUGAGAAAAU